AUGUCGAAAACUGCUCUAGUUGCCCAUACUCCGCUCAAAGCAUGUUCCCGACUGGCGCCCGAGGUUAUUCUUCACAUCCUCUCCUUCCUCGGAGGCCAUGACCAGCCCUCACGGCUCUGGCCCAUCCUCACCCUCUGCAAGCAGUGGGCCCGUCUUGCCCUCGAGCUGAUAUACGACCAGCCCGUCGUCUCCCUCAAGAACCUUGAUGCAUUCGUUAAAACUCUCGGCCUCCAGGACCGACUCCAAGACGGUCGGUCCCUCUUCUGGGAUUCUGCUACCUGUUUGAACACCAAGGACAAUUCCUCAGAAGAUCAGCCGAAAAGCCUCGGCAUCGACUACCGUGCUAUGAUCAAGAAGCCCUGUCGCAUCGUUGGCGCAUCGGCCCCCGUCAAGCAAGAUCUGAUCCAUCUUUGGGAUCUGCAGGCGUUGCUUUGGACUGCACCCGCAUUUGCACCAAUGAGUGCUCCUUUAGCAUUAUCCUUGUCGUCGCCAGUGUCAAACCCAGUUCGAGCACCAGGACCAGGACCAGGAUCAGGACCUGCACCAGGAGAAGCAUCCUCUUCAUCAUCACCACCUUCAGCAGAGCAACCACAUACCAUUGCAUCAUCAUCAUCGUCAUCAUCUCAUCCCUCGCUUGAGUCUCUUGGGCCAGCAUCACAGCUGCAUAGAGCCCCUUCGCCUCCCUCCUCGACAAAGGCCGUGAUGAUCCGCCGAAAGAAAAAAACGUUACCCCCCCUGGGGCCUGUGGUCCUGCUUCUGGAUGUGUCCCAGGUGUUUUCGGAUACGAUGUACUAUAUCCUGCGCGAGGUUCCAGGGAUGAGACUGCGUCAACUGCAUUACAAAUGGCUAUUGAAUGUCUCACUGCUGGACCUACUUGAGAUGAACCUCUCUGCUCUUCGGGAGCUCGUCUUUGCACGGCCACCGACCCGACAGAACGAGUUCCUGGCCAUCGCUCAGUUUCUCAAACGAGCUCAAAAUCUCGAUACCCUCAGACUGGACCAUUGUCGGGCUGCAGGAAACACUGUCCUCACACAGCUUGCUCAGAGUUGCGGACGGUCUCUCAGGACGCUGGAAAUUCGCCAACACAUCAUGAUCAGACCCAUGGGCGAUCACACUCUAUUCCCUGUCGAUGGUCCCGAGGAUUUUAUUCAACAUACAGAGCAGGAGCAAAUUCAAGAGCACCUGGACCCAGAUCUACAGUCGGCGACUAGGACAUUGUCGCCAGGGCAAAUGUGCUCACGUUGCGGUGCAGAAGAGCAGGAGGAUGGCAGGGACGCGAUUGAGAGCGCUGUCGAUCAGCUUGGUAUAUCAGGUGACCCUACCGCAGCAUCGGGUGUAGAGACGACUCCCGAUCUACCACAGGAUAAUGUGCUUCCGGAGAUGGAUCUUGAAUCGAGAAUGGACCAUGCAUUGAAGGAGUUUGGUCAACGUGGCGUUCACCUAACACACCUUCGACUGCAGCAUGUCACCUGGCUGACUGACGAGUGUCUAUCAGAAUUUCAACCAAAUCUGGCUGUGAACCGUUCUGGAUGCCCCUCGCAGAUGAGACCUGGGCUGCAGGAGAUUGAGCUCCUGGACUCUUACUAUGGAUCGCAGGUGACGAUCGAGGGAGUUUUGGAUUUGUGUGGACCGAAUCUUGAGGUCCUUGUUGUAGACAGAAAGUCGUGCUGGCGAGUAAGAGCCAGUCCAAAGAAGCGGUCGGUCUCGCCUGAACUAUGUGCGAGCUGCGCUCGUCAGGGGAGGGCGCAGCAGACUAGAAUUGAUAGGAUGUCGACGGGCGAUCGACUGUUGUCAGGUCUGAAGCAGAAGGGAGAUGCGCAGGGCAGGGGGAGGAUAGGUCGACUGGAAACGCUGGUGUUAAUCGAGCACUGGGUCAGUGUGGAUGAGCUGCGUAAGGCUAUGGCACAUUGGCGGUUGACACUCAGGACUGUGAAUGCCCGUGUCUUUAAAUGCUCGAUCAAGGAGCUGACACGGGCAAUUGUGGCCCCUGAGUCCGAGGAAACUUGUAGUGCGGAGGCAGCUCUCGAGAACGUGGUCCUGGCUCUGCCCUGGUUGGAUGUUGAUAGCCUAGACUCAGAGGCGGUUGGACUGGCCAGCACGGUGUUUGAGCGAUGCAGGAAUGUCCGCUGUGUGGAGAUCAAUAAGCGCAGCUGGCGAAGAGACGACCACCGGCUUCUGAGUGUUCAAUCAUGGCACUGA